AUGAUCGUUGUCGCCCUCCUCAUCUUCUGGCAGCUCCACCUCAAGGCCUUGGACCAGUCCCUGGUGGCCGCGUGGAUCGUUCCACAACCCCGAAAGAACGUCUGGGUGACUCUGGCCCAUGCCCUCAACCAAAGCCAUCUGUGUCUUUCUACACCAGCAGCAGAGAAUCCGAUGUCAACUUGUCUGGUGGGGAUUCCAUCAAAGUGGGCGGAGUUCCCUGACUCCAUCCGGAACAUCCAGAACCAGUUGAACGGGAACAAUCCGCCGAAUCAGUGGGUGGAAAUCUUUCGGUACUGGGGGGUUGUGAACUACGCAAAAACACCAGUAGCCAAUCCCCUAGUACUGUGGCGCAAAUGGGUGUACGACCUGCCUUAUGCUGAAGCCGAGCCCCAAGAAUUCGAACUAUUGGGCUCGGCUAAAGCAGACUACUGCGUGCACUUUGACUUCACUCCAUCGUCCCGUGCAAAGCUCUACGAAAACAUCAAACAACAUAAAUUAGAGUUUAGAGCAUCUACAUGGUGCACACACGUAGAAAAAAUAAGCGCCCCAUCCACUGAUGAUGGGUACCCCAGAAAGCUGGACAAGGGAGUUUUCCUAAUUUGUGGAGAUAGGGCGUACCCGGGAAUCCCCUCUCGUCUCCUAGGAGGCCCUUGCACCCUGGGGCGUUUGUCCCUGGCGUCACCCAACAUGACCCAAAUUCCAAUUCGGCACGCUAAAAGAAAUUCAAAAAUUGUAAAAAGGGGUGCAGACCAAUUUGAUGAACAUUGCGACAGCGAAAUUUACUAUUGGGCGAAGUCUAAGAGGAUUGCCGUCUCUGUUUUUCUACCUUGGGUGGCGGCGGCCAAGUCUCUCAGUGAGCUUGGCAACCUCGAGUGUUGGGUGACACGCCAGGCGAAUUUAACUUCUGAAGCCUUGAGUGACCUCCUAGCUGACGAGGAAAUCACCAGACAGGCAACCCUGCAAAACAGGGCUGCUAUUGGUUUCCUGCUGCUGGCACACGGGCAUGGGUGCCAGGAGUUCGAGGGGUUGUGUUGUUUCAACUUAUCAUCCAGAAGCAAGUCGAUUCACGCAUCCAUUCAGGAAAUGAAAGACCUUAUCGGCACCGUGAAACAAGAAAACGAGGACUGGCUUUCCCUUAUCAAAGACAUUGGGUGUUUUGUCAUUGUUCUUUUCUUAGUAAUGCUGUGUUUUGGAAUCUUGAAAAGAGUAAUAACUGCUUCUCUAUCCAAACCUUCCCCAACAUCUAAAAUUGUAGUCGCCGCUGCGACUACCCAGGAAGGUGAUUGGUGGGAAAAUGCCGCACCGAAAGACUCAGAGACCUAAGACACCAAAGACCUUAUUUUCCCUUAACCCACAUCCUCUUCCUUUUUAAAAAACAAAAAAGGGGGAGAUGUGGCGUUGUAUGUUUAAAAAACUAUAAGUUGAAGUUGUUGUUAAUUAUUCUUUGUUAGUUUGAACAAUGGUUUGUUCCUUUUCCCCCCGUGUAACCCCUUGUAAUGGUUUGUUCCGGAGUUGUUUUUCCCCGUUCUUCCCGCCACUGGCCUGCCUGUCAAAGUGAGAAGUCCCCUGUUCCUCCCCCUAUUUGGUUAUGUCAAUCUCUGUGGUGCUGCCUCCUACCCUUGUCCGUCAUGUUAACCCCCCCUCCUUUUUUCGAGAAACUUCUAUGUCUCUCAUCCGUAACUUAGUUCCUGAUUUGUCCUCGAGGCUUCCUCCCUCCCCCACAUGCUUCUUAUUGGAUCUUUUGUAUUGCGUCAGCCUACCUCUACCCUCGACCAUUGGUUCCCUCAUGUUUCCACACCCCACGCCCCCCUCACUUUAUAAGGGCUAGCCGAAGCCCUCCUCCUUUGACAUUUGUCCCUGGACCCUCCUUGGAUUAAAGUCUCCUUGGAACCCAUACAA